AUGCCCGCAGGAGAGAUCUACGAGGGCGAGAAGAACGAGAAAGAGAAGAGAGAACAAACUGAGUUCAACACCAAUCUGGGUAAAGUGAUCGACACCCUCCGAGAAGACUACGCCACCAUGCUCGACGAGCCGCUGAACUUCGAGAUCUACACACCUGACUUGCAGCUGCGCGAUCCGUCGGGCGUCGUUCUCACGGGUUUGCCGGCGUACAAGCGCAUGUUCGGGACGUUUCGCUUCGUGCGGAAGACCCUUGUCCAUGACGUCUCGACGGUUUUCCGUCUCUCGUACGACGGGUCCAGACAGCAGGUGCGCAUAACCUGGCACUUGGUUCUGGACGCAACGCCGAUGGUGGUGAGACCGGUGCACCUGGACGGCACGAGCGUGUACGGCCUCAGCACGGAGGGCCUGGUCCGGCGGCACGACGUGGAGACGAUCAUCGUCAACGGCACCCCGGUCAAGCCUCCGUUCGCGCAGGCCUGGAUGCAGCUCCCCUCCUGGGUGACGCAGGGGCGCAGCGGCGGCGUGGCGGGGGCCCCGGGUAUGAUAAGCGUCAGCAGCAGCAGCGGCGACGUCUGGGGGGGGAUGGACGACUUCAACCGGAGCGGCAGAAGAAGGAGUGGGGGUAACUUCGAGAGAAGAAUACCUGUGGACCUGAGCGGGACGGCGAUGGCGUUUCAGGGCUUAGCGGGGGUGCGGGCUGCAAGCAUCACGAGACGAAAAAAGGAAUCGGGGAAUGGGGGGGGUGCGUCGUCGUCGCCGCCUGACGGGAGGGGGGGCAGCGACCAAGACAAGGAUGACACCAGCAGCCGUGGUGACACGACAAACGACGAAAGAAAUCUCGCGAGGAACAAGAAGAAGAAGAAGAAGAAGAAGGGGAUGUGGCCGAUAGACUAUAAAGGGCCCCUGGCGUGCGAGACGAGCUUUGACUGCACCGGGGGCUACGUCUGCUGCGACCUGGUCGUGGUGAAGAUCUGCUGCAGCAACGGCGUUAUGCAAAGAAAGCCCGGAGACCUCAUACCGUCCUUGAUACCAAUACCAGGCAGAGGGAGGACGGAGUUGGACCAAUGUCAGCGUCAGCUGGCACCGCAGUAACGCAAGAAUUUUAUUUUUUCAUUUUCCAAGUGUGUUGUGUUACUGCGGUCCCCAAAUCUGUGGCGGUCUCGAGGGGGAUAACACCCAAUUGCUGCCGAUGGUGUUGGUAGUGGGGGGUUGCUUUUGCCUCUCCCCCGAGGAUUUGUAAGCUUGCGGAGGAUAAGCCGCUAAGGUGGAAUGCACAUGCGGGCGCGGUGAUAAGAACGUGACCAGCCCCUAGCGAAUUGUGUUUGCCACAGCAGCAAGAUACGUAACGAAGAAUUGGUGGUGUGGAUACGUAACGAAGAAUUGGUGUUGUGAUGCGUGUGCCUUUUUGCUUUCAAGACACCGCAUGUCACGAUGACCCUCAAGAUAUUGCUAGAUUUAUCGCGUGUUCCCGGAGAAAAUAAAUACUCAGGGUAGAUACUUUUUGUGUUUCGUGUUGCAGUGUUGUUCCUGAUAAAACUUUGUGAGCAUGCGCUGUACGUUCUAGUCAAAAGAGGAGCAGUGCUAGAUGUGAUUUUUGUAUUAUAAGGGAAACCCAGCUAGCGGCAGUAUCGGGUGUA